AUGGCCGACUUAACACGUCCUAUUUUGAACAUAUGCUGUGUGGGUGCUGGCUAUGUUGGCGGCCCGACUGCCGCGGUCAUUGCCUUGCAAAACCCGCAGCUUCGUGUCACAGUUGUGGAUAAGAAUGCGCGGCGAAUCCGGAGAUGGAACUCGGCGCACUUGCCCAUUUACGAGCCAGGCCUAGGAGAGGUCGUACGCAUCGCCCGUGACGGAUCCAGGAAAUGUUACUUUUUCAACCACCCAGAAAGCGAGCAAGCCCUGAGCUGCGACAAACUGCAUCAUAGCAACUGGGCUGUCCUGCCAGAGAGACAACCGAACUUAUUCUUCUCCACCCAGGUAGCGCGGACCAUUGCCGAGGCAGACAUCGUCCUCAUCGCGGUCAAUACGCCAACUAAGACAAAAGGUGCUGGAGCGGGUAGCGCUACCGACAUGACGGCUUUCGAGGCCGUUACUAGUGAGGUCGCCCAACAUGCUCGACCAGGGACUAUCAUCGUAGAGAAAUCAACUGUUCCCUGCAGAACAGCCGACCUUGUUCGAAAAACUAUGGCCGUUCACCGUCCAAACAUCCACUUCGAAAUCCUGUCGAACCCGGAAUUCUUAGCUGCGGGUACAGCGAUGAAAGAUCUCAUGUUUCCCGAUCGCGUACUUAUUGGCUCUUCGAUGACGGCGUCCGGCCGCUGGGCCGCCGAAGCGUUGGCAGAUGUUUAUGCGGCAUGGGUUCCGCGAGAACGUAUCAUUACCACUAAUGUCUACUCGUCGGAGCUGUCUAAGCUUGUGGCCAACUCCAUGUUAGCACAACGCAUCAGUAGCAUCAACUCGAUAUCCGCGAUCUGCGAGAAGACGGGAGCGAACGUUGAUGAAAUAGCAGCGUCUAUCGGCUGCGACCCCCGAAUAGGGGACAAAUUCCUAAAGGCGGGUAUCGGAUUUGGUGGAAGCUGUUUCAAGAAAGACAUCCUCAGUCUAGUCUACUUGGCCGAGUCUCUCGGCCUCGAAGAAGUAGGCGAAUAUUGGCGACAAGUUGUCAAGAUGAACGAAUACCAACGCGAUCGAUUUUCUAAACGAGUGAUCAGUUGUUUAAAUAACACAUUAGCGGGAAAGAAGAUCACGGUCCUCGGGUACGCAUUCAAGGCCAACACUUCCGAUACGAGAGAAUCGCCCGCACUCGAGGUCAUAAAGACCCUCCUCGAAGAGGGCCCCAGGGAGAUUGCUAUAUUUGAUCCUUGCUGCAACCCUGUGGUUGUCAGAACCGAGAUCAAGGAACUUCUUAGCAGCAAAGCCGCGCUUGGAGAUGACGGCGGGCCGAUCGAGAUUUAUUCGAGUCCUUACACUGCUUGCGAUGGUAGCCACGCCAUCCUCAUAACGACCGAGUUCGACGAAUUUCGAACCACGCCAUCUAAACAUUUAGGCAAGAGGUCCUCCGUGAAGGCCAAGCCUGCUGUCAAGAUAGAAAAGAAGAAAGACGCGGAUCCUCGACCUAUUAAAGACCUCUUAAAAGGGCCAACAGAGACAGAGAUCCUAGCUCUUCAUAAAUACCUCCUGGGUAAUUCAUCUCCGGUACCCGAUAACGAUCCUUUACAUCGAUAUAAGCCAGAACCAAAUUGCGAGAACGAUUGUCCAGAUUGCGGUCUUAUAAAGACCAGCGGCUACUCCACUGCAGGAAACUCUGGCGAGGAUCGACCUAAGGAAAGACUCGAUUGGAGCAAGAUCGCGUUCAAUAUGAACAAGCCCAAGUGGCUAUUCGACGGCAAGGGCAUCGUCGACGCGGACCAGUUGACCACCUUAUACGGCAUUAACGUAGAGAGCAUCGGGCGUUAG